AUGUCUUCUCCAUCCGCUACCAUCGUUCUCUCCAACGGCGUCGCCAUGCCGGUCAUCGGACUCGGAACGUGGCAAUCGAGCCCAGCGGAGGUCAUCGCCGCCGUCAAGGCCGCCGUCCGCGCCGGAUACCGUCUCAUCGAUACUGCCUCGGUGUACCAGAACGAGGAGGCAAUUGGAACUGCCAUCGCCGAGCUCAUCCAAGAAGGAGUCGUGAAGCGCGAAGAGCUGUUCAUCACCACCAAGGCCUGGACCCACGAGCUCGCUCCUGGAAAACUCGAGGGCGCUCUCCGUACCUCGCUGAAGAAGCUCCAGCUCGAGUACGUCGACCUGUACUUGGCUCACAUGCCGGCUGCUUUCAACGACGACAUGUCGGCCCACAUCCCGUCCCCAGUGGAGGACAUCUGGGCUCAGUUCGACUCGGUCUACAAGAGCGGUCUCGCUAGGGCCGUCGGCGUCUCCAACUGGAACAACGACCAGAUCGCCAGAGUUUUGGCUCUCGGAGUCACCCCGGUCCACAACUCGCAGGUGGAGCUCCACCUCUACUUCCCGCAACACGAGCACGUCAAGUUCUGCCAGGCCAACAACAUCUCGGUCACGUCUUACUCGACCCUCGGAAGCCCAGGACGCGUUCACUUCACUCUGCCGACCGGACAGUGAGUUUCUCUUUUCGUUUGCCCCAAACUGUUUUCUUUCUUUCCAGAAAGCUGGACUGGGCCCCGGCUCCGUCGGAUCUCGAGGACGCCAACGUGGUUGCUGUUGCCCAGAAGCACGGCAAGACCCCGGCUCAGGUACUGCUCCGCUACGCUCUUGACCGCGGACUCGCCAUCAUCCCGAAGUCGGUCACCGAAAGCCGAAUCAUCGAGAACUUCAACGUGUUCGACUUCAGCCUCUCGCCGGAGGAGAUCUCGAAGGUGGAGGAGAUCAAGGUCGACCAGCGGCUCUUCCUCCAGGACUUGUGAGUUUCGCCCGUGUCCCAGCCUUUUCCCAAUGACGUUUUCAUCUUUCAGCAUGGCCGGACAUCCCGAGGACGCCUUCGUCAGCGAGCGCAAGUAG